UAAAAGUGGUGUGAGCUCCAUGUUCUUCUGGACCUAGAACUUCAAUACUGAGUGUUGUCAUUUUGAAGAAAACUGCUUAAUAUUUAUAGUGAGGUGACUUCAUAAGUAAAAAUCUUCAAGAAGAUUUUAUGCGGAUUUUAAAAUCAACUUAGAUGUUUGGAAUUUGGAUUGCUGCACUCUUACUCUGUGGUACGUCAACAGGAAAAGAAGUUUGCUAUGAAAGGGUGGGGUGCUUUAGAGAUGGUGUACCAUGGACUGGGACUUUGUCGAGAGAGCUGGCAGGUUUACCCUGGUCUCCAGAGGAGAUAAACACUCGCUUUCUGCUCUACACUAGACGUAAUCCCAAAACCUAUCAGGAGAUCAGUGCAGUUAAUUAUUUAACCAUCCAAGCCUCAGACUUCGGAACAGACAAGAUCACCCGUAUGAACAUAGCUGGAUGGAAAACAGAUGGCAAAUGGCAGCAAGACAUGUGCAAUGUGUUGCUAAAAGUGGAGGAUGUGAACUGCAUUAAUUUAGACUGGAUUAACGGUUCGCUGGAAUAUAUCCAUGCCGUAAACAAUCUCCGAGUUGUCGGUGCAGAAGUGGCUUAUUUUAUUGAUGUUCUCGUGAAAAAGUUUGGAUAUUCCCCUUCUAAAGUACACUUGAUUGGCCACAGCUUGGGAGCUCACCUGGCUGGAGAAGCUGGCUCACGGACACCAGGCCUUGGAAGAAUAACUGGGUUGGACCCAGCAGGGCCAUAUUUCCACAACACUCCAAAUGAAGUCAGGCUUGACCCCUCGGAUGCCAACUUUGUCGAUGUUAUUCAUACAAAUGCAGUUCGCCUCCUCUUUGAGCUUGGUAUUGGAACUAUCAAUGCUUGUGGUCAUCUUGAUUUUUACCCAAAUGGAGGGAAGCACAUGCCAGGAUGUGAAGACUUAAUUACGCCUUUAUUUAAAUUUGAUUUCAAUGCUUACAAAGAAGAAGUGACUUCCUUCUUUGAUUGCAACCAUGCCCGAAGUCAUCGCUUUUAUAUUGAAAGCAUCCUCAAUCCUGAUGCGUUUAUUGCUUAUCCUUGUAGAUCCUACGAAUCUUUUACAGCAGGAAAUUGCUUCCAUUGUCCCAAAGAAGGUUGUCCAACGAUGGGUCAUUUUGCUGAUAGAUUUCAUGUCAAAACUGGGAAGCCUAAUAGAUCAUAUUAUUUUUUAAACACAGGGGCUCUUUCCCCAUUUGCUCGUUGGAGGCACAAAUUGUCUGUUAAACUCGCUGGAAACAAUGUCACUCAAGGGACCGUUUUUCUCCGUGUGGGUGGAGCAGCUGGGCAAACAGAAGAGUUAGUGUUGGCCAGCUGGGACAGGGACUGUACCUGUGGAACCGAGGGGAGCCUUGACUAUAACAGAGAUACUCCGGCUUCGUGGAAUAUCCAAGGCAUGGGAGCGGAAAGGGCACACUUUGUGGAUAUUCUUCAGGCAUCUGUCAUCAGGUUAUACAAGAACUUACAGGUCUCGCUAGACUCUGUUUCGAUGUAA